AUGAAGGAUCCAGGGAGUUUCACAUUGCCAUGCUCGAUAGGGGGAAAAGAAGUCAGAUAUGUGCUGUGUGAUUUGGGAGCGUGUAUAAACCUAAUGCCCUCGUCAAUCUUCAAAAAGUUAAAUAUCGACAAAGCAAGACCCACCACGGUUACGUUGCAGUUGGCCAAUAGAUCAAUAACACAUCUAGAGCGCAAAAUAGAGGAUGUACUUGUGCAAGUAGAUAAGUUUAUCUUCCCUGCUGACUUUAUCUUAUUAGAUUAUGAAGCUGAAAUCCUGCCUAUCAUCUUGGGUCGCCCAUUUCUUGCAAUAGGGCGAGCAUUGAUCGACGUACAGAGAAAAGAACUUACCAUAAGGGUCAACGAUCAGCAGGUUAAGUUUAACGUCCUCAAUGCGUUGAAAUACCCGAGUGAUAUGGAAAAUUGUCAAUAUGUUGGGGAAUUGCAGGAAGAACAUUGGCACGAGCCCCUAGAAGAAUUGGAGGAAGAAGACUUUGGGAUCGGCGCAAUGUGGGAGGAAAAUUGCACCGCAAUUCAAAUUGAGUCAGAUUUUGAAACAAUCAAGUUAUCUGAAUGA